AUGGAGCACCUAUUCCCAUCUUUUAUCCGCGUCAUACGUAAUCUCGAUGACGCUACUAGGCUGCUCGCGACUUUUCAAGAAUUCGAAAGCAACCCGUCUGCUAUCAGUGCGGAGGACCGCGUUCGGUUUCUCGACUUGCCUGACUUCUCAACCCAAGAGGCAAACAUUUCCGCUACAACGACUCUUAGUAAGGAAGAGCUUUUAAAAAAGGCUGCUCAAUCGCCUAGAGACCUUACUUCGUCUGAGGUUGAAUUACUUCAUAGCCGUUAUUGGGGACAAAUCAGCUUCCCGGAAGAAGAUAUCCGUUUCGAUUGUUUCGAGAAUUUAAGGCUAGUUUCUAAUAAAUACUACUUUCAAACACUCGAGCGGCUUAAGAGAUUCCGAAGUUCUUUCUACGCGGAACUCGAAGCGGAUGCAUUUAAAAACGCAGAGGUAGAGAUUUCCCGACGGGAAGAUAAAAGAAGAGAAGCCGAGGAUAGAGCAGAUCUAGCACGGAUUCUCGAAAAUGGCCACCCCUGGCUACGCCAGCUGUGGCAGGAAGACGAGGGCAAAAAGCUAUGGGGCUAUACAAUUUUCCAAAGCUUUCAGUGGAAGAUCGGAUCCCGGUGGUACCUUGAGGGCCUUGAUUUGCCUUCUGGAAUUGGUAGUGAUAAGUCUUUCUUAUCGACGUUAAAUCAAUUACGGAAGCAAUUUAACUAUCUCCGAUCUCAGCCUCCUAAGAAGCAAGCACCGUAUCUAUUUAUGGAUAUGGCUGAAGGCAAGAUUGACACUAUUCCGGAGGGAAUUACGGAAGGCCUUCUUCGCAACGUUUUCUUAUAUCUGGAUCAUAGCGCUACGGCGUCAGUCUUGGAUUCUCGCGGACCAGAUAGUGCAUGGAUCUGGGCUAUUGACCCAGACUACGAGCCAAAAAGCCAGGACGGCUCGAGUGGGUACCAAGGCUUUCUUCGCGUUCGUCUUCAGCAACUUCUCAAUAACUUCUACGUUGCCCGGCGCUGGCACGCGGACGAGUGGUCGAUGGAGGACUUAUGGAAUGCGGCCCAGAAGGACCCUCACAAUGCCUCUUUUGUUUCUAUGAAAGACGAAGAAAUUUUUGCGCAGAACUUGAGCCGGGAGGUUGCUACCGCUAUAAAAAAGUCCGAAGGAUAA